CACAAUAAUAGUUUAUACAAUUGAAUUCAACAAUAUUUGCAUCCAAACAUAGCAUAAGCUCAGUCCACAAAAACCACUAUGAGAUUAUCAGGCAAGGUAGCUAUUGUAACAGGAGGAGCCAGUGGCAUCGGCGAAACCACAGCACGUAUCUUCGUUAACGAAGGUGCACGUGUGGUUGUGAUCGCCGACGUCCAAGACGAACUCGGAAAUCAAGUAGCUACAUCCAUUGGCAAUCAAAGAUGUAGCUACAUUCAUUGUGACGUGUCAGAUGAAGAUCAAGUCAUAAAUCUCAUUCAAUCAACUGUCAAUACUUAUGGACAGGUAGAUAUAAUGUUCAGCAAUGCUGGGAUUAUUAGUCCAACACUACAAUCUGUGUUGGAACUUGACGUUUCCCAACUUGACCGCUUAUUAGCGGUCAAUGUUCGGGGAAUGGCACUGUGUGUGAAACACUCGGCGCAAGCAAUGGUAAAGGGGCGCGUGAGGGGGAGCAUCGUGUGCACCGGAAGCGUUGGAGGUAGUGAGGGAUCGACUACAUCAACGGAUUACACAAUGACAAAGCACGCAGUGUUAGGGCUAAUGCGUGCAGCGAGCUUGCAACUUGCAACACACGGCAUAAGAGUGAAUUCUGUCUCACCAAAUGCAUUGGCUACACCAUUAACUUGUAAAUUGUUGGGAGGUGUGAGUGAAGAUAAGGCACAAGACUUUUAUAAAAGUUUUGCGAGGCUCGAAGGAGUACUACUCACGCCCAAACAUGUGGCGGAUGCUGUAUUAUUUUUAGUUUCUAAUGAGGCUGAGUUUAUCACUGGUGUUGAUCUAAGGGUAGAUGGUGGAUUUUCUCAUGGAAAAUAGUGAUUUUGUGCACAAGUAUAAGUAUUUGAGUUAUGACUUCUUCAAAUUGAGUUGUUUUUCUGGUUUAUGUGUGGCUAGUGAGUUUUGAAUUCCAUGUAAGAUGUGUCGAUCUAGUGAGUUUUGGAUUCCAUGUAAGAUGUGUGGAUAAUAAAUUGUUUGGUUCAAAAAAUAAACUACUGCCUUUUUAUUAUGAAAGAUAUUUAAGAUAAAAAAGAAA